AAAAAUAAUAUAUAGAAUUGGAGGGAAAUUUCUUAAACUGCAGAAGAUUUUUUCUGUAAGACAAAGCCAAAGGUCAACAUCCCAAGCCCAACAUGGAAGCAAGAAAUGGGUUCUAUGACAUUGCAGAGAGGCCACACUGUAGUCAGCAAGUGAUGGCUUCUGUGACGUUGUAGACAGGCCACAUUCCUCAGCCAGCUUCCUGUGGACGCCCACACUGGCCUCCAUCUUGGUGCGGCUGGUUGCGCAGGCGCAGAGUUCCUCUUCACGUAAAAUUGAGCGGUCUUGUCUUUGGCGGUCGCCAAACUCUAUGGUUUCUGCAAAGAAUGAUGGGUAACGGAUAUAAGGUGCGGUUUGCGCGGACGCGUCCCUGAAACGAACGGCUGAGGUUCUGGUUGCUGCUAUGGGUCGCCGUCCUGCUCGCUGUUACCGUUACUGUAAGAACAAGCCCUACCCGAAGUCUCGUUUCUGCCGAGGUGUCCCUAAUGCGAAGAUUCACAUCUUUGACCUGGGUCGGAAGAAGGCUAAAGUGGACGAGUUCCCACUGUGUGCCCACAUGGUGUCGGCUGAAUACGAGCAGCUCUCGUCGGAGGCCCUGGAGGCCGCCCGUAUCUGUGCCAACAAGUACAUGGUGAAAACCUGCGGCAAAGACGGCUUUCACAUCCGAGUACGGCUCCAUCCCUUCCACGUCAUCCGCAUCAACAAGAUGUUGUCCUGUGCUGGGGCUGACAGGCUGCAGACGGGUAUGCGAGGUGCCUUUGGGAAGCCCCAGGGAACUGUGGCCAGGGUUCAUAUUGGCCAAGUCAUCAUGUCCAUCCGCACCAAGCCUCUGAACAAGAAGCACGUGAUUGAAGCUCUACGCAGGGCCAAGUUCAAGUUCCCGGGACGCCAGAAAAUCCAUAUCUCCAAGAAGUGGGGCUUUACCAAGUUUAAUGCUGAUGAAUUUGAAGAGAAGAUGGCUGUGAAGCGCCUCCUCCCGGAUGGUUGUGGGGUCAAGUACGUCCCCAAUCACGGCCGGUUGGACAAAUGGCUGGCACUGUGCUCGUGAAAGUUCUCCUGGACCGUGGUUCCCUGAAUCAUAAGUCUGACUUAAACUUGCCAAUAAAUUCUGUUUACUGGCAAAAACAAAACAAAAUUUAAAAAUUUAUAAAAAGUUACCCAGUUUUAGAAAUA